AUGAAUGUAAGAUCCCCUGAGUCAUACCAAGAUCUUCGAAAAAUAGAUGGAAAUUACUACGACACAUUUAGAGAAUCUGCAGAAAAAAGAGGAUUGUUACAUCAUAAUAACAACUUGGUUGAUUGCAUGACAGAGGCUGUAUGUUAUCAAAUGCCUUAUAGCUUGCGACAUCUAUUUGCUACAAUAUUAGUAUAUUGCAAUCCUGAUAAUCCAAAAGAACUAUGGGAACAAUUUGAAGAGUCAAUGUCUGAAGACUUCAAUAAAUUACCAAACAUGGAUCCAAAAAAAACAAGACAUUCAGUUUUGAACCAUAUUAAUGAUGUAUUACAUACCAUGGGACAUGAUGUAAAUGAGUAUAGAUUGAUUUCUGAAAAUGUUGUGAGUUCAAGGGUAGAGUCAGAGGCAAAAGAUGUUAAUUUUGAAAGGAAUAUAGUUGUUACUAAAGAAGAUCUGCUAUUAUAUAAAAAACUGAAUACCGAACAAAAAAAAGCAUAUGAUAUUAUCCUUCAAAGAGUACUUACUAACGAAUCAGGUGCUUUUUUCAUUGAUGGUCCGGGAGGAAGUGGUAAAACAUUUUUGUAUCGUGCUUUAUUGGCCACUGUAAGAUCUAAAGGUUUCAUAGCUUUGGCGACAGCAACUUCUGGUGUUGCGGCAUCUAUACUUCCUGGAGGACGAACAGCCCAUUCACGAUUCAAAAUUCCAAUUAAUAUUGACGAGCAGUUCUCCUGUAACAUCAGUAAGCAAAGCUCUCUCGCAUCUUUAAUUCGUGAUGCAAAAUUAAUUGUAUGGGAUGAGGUAUCAAUGUCAAAAAAAAAUAUGAUUGAAGCUCUUGAUUUGCUUAUGAAAGACCUAACUGAAACAAAUAUACUCUUUGGUGGAAAAGUCAUAGUGUUUGGAGGUGAUUUUAGGCAAACGCUUCCUGUUGUCCGAAGUGGAAAAAAGGAAGACUUUAUUUCUGAAAGUAUUUUAAACUCCAGAAUUUGGAAUCAACUUGAAAAAUUGAGACUAUCAGAAAAUAUGCGUGCAAGGACUGAUCCUGUUUUUUGUGAAUAUCUUAUGAGAAUUGGGAAUGGAAAAGAAAAAACAAAUAUUAACAAUAAAAUAGAAAUCCCAAAGCAGUUCAUCAUUCCUUUUACUACUGAAAAAGAGUCAUUAGAUCUUUUGUUCAAAGUGAUAUAUGACUCUUCUUUUAUGACAUCUCGUGUUAUCUUGACUACAAAGAACGACUUUGUUGAUGAACUAAAUGAUAGACUCAUAACUCAAUUUCCAACAGUUGCUAAAAUAUUCAUAGCUGCUGAUGAGACUAUUGAACCAAACGAUCAACCUCAAUUUGAGGACUUCUUACACACUCUAAAUGUUCCUGGCUUACCUCCGUACAGAUUAAUGUUAAAGCAAAACUGCCCUGUUAUAUUAUUGCGAAAUUUAAAUCCUUCUGAAGGCUUAUGUAACGGUACACGAUUGGUGUGCUGUGAUUUCAAAACACAUGUUAUAAGUUGUAAAAUUGCAAGUGGUGACUUCAAAGAUAAGCACGUAUUUAUUCCAAGAAUACCAUUACUAUCAUCAGAGGAUGAAAAAAUACCUAUUCCUUUUAAAAGAACACAGUUUCCUAUACGUCUAUGCUUUGCAAUGACUAUAAAUAAAGCACAAGGACAAACAUUAGAUUAUGUUGGUAUCUAUUUACGUGAACCAGUUUUUUCCCAUGGUCAAUUAUAUGUUGCUUUAUCAAGAGCGAAAAGUUCAAACUGUAUAAAAAUAUUGAUUCGACCUCCUACUGCAGAUAAUGAUGAUGACCACUCAACUUGUAAUGUAGUAUACAAUGAGAUCAUUCAAAAAGCUUUGUUAUGA